AUGGACGGUCUGAAGAACCUUACCGCCUGCAUGGGCUGUACAAAGAAGCACGCUAAGUAUUCCUGGCGCGGCGUCAAGGAAGACGAAAUUCGCGCGGCGUGGGCGGGAUCCUCUGAAAGUCGAGCAAAUCCCUGGGCAGGAUAUCAUUUGAACGUGGCCUUGCCUUUCUCAGAAAACUCAUGUGGUGGCCGGGAGGAGGCACACAUGACAGAAGAUACUUGCUUUGCAUUAUCCAUAUCAGAUCGUGGUCGAAACGUACCCGUGACGCUUAUCAUAGUCUGA